AUGACUGUUUGUGGGUGCCAGAUGUGCAUUGGUGCUGUGGCCAUGGCAUGCCUAGCCGCAUCGUACCUUUGCGAGCUGGCAAUGCCGUGCGUGCUGUGCUUUACGGCAACAUUCGGCUAUGCGGUUGGAUGGGACAAGAACUUCAUCUUCAAAGCUUUCAUUUUCAUGCCCAUGAUCUUCAUGAUCCACUUUUUUGUGCCCGCGCGUUUGGCGCUCGGACGAGCCUCUGAUAGCAAAGCACUUUGGGAUUGGGUGGUCAGUUUCGCGGCCUACUACUCCAUUCUUUUUUUGCUUCAAGACCUCCGUGACGUCAAGGGUGACGCCAAAUCAGGCCGUCGGACUCUUCCAGUUUUGCUAGGUGCCCAAAGCUUUCGAGCCAUGUUGUUUGUGUUAGUUGCCGUGCUAUCACCGCCAGGGUGUUAUGGGCUGCUGGAAGCUUUGUGGGCUCAGCAGCCGUACUCGGCUUUGGUGUGCACUUUGUGGAAUUCCGGUUUCGCCCUAGCAAUCUUGUAUAUGCUCGCUACUAGCGACAGCGUCAAAGCAGACAGGCUCGCGCACAAACUAGUGGUGUUCCUGUUCAUGUAUACAUUUGGUACAGCUCCAUGCUUGUACUUCAUCGUCCCCUCUGUUCUUGCGUCAGAAGUGCCGCUUGGAUUUUCCGCAUAG